CGUGCGGAGCGGCGCGGGGCACGGUGCGGUACGGCGCUCAUUGAGUACAUCGCCGGACGCUCAGCAGCACCCGCGCCACUGCAACGGGGAGGGAGAGAGAUCCUAACGGCAGGAAGAGAGUGUCAGUCUGCUAUAUCUGAUCUACGAUGAAUGCCAAAUCUGCGAUCAGCAAAGAAAUUUUUGCCCCACAUGAUGAAAGGAUGCUGGGAGCUGUCCAAGUUAAAAGAAGAACGAAAAAAAAGAUUCCUUUCCUAGCUACUGGGGGUCAGGGUGAAUAUUUAACGUACAUCUGCCUGUCAGUGACAAACAAGAAACCAGCUCAAGCAUCUAUUACGAAGGUCAAGCAAUUUGAAGGCUCUACAUCAUUUGUUAGGAGAACGCAGUGGAUGCUUGAGCAGCUUCGCCAGGUCAAUGGUAUUGAUCCUAAUCAGGAUUCUCCAGAAUUUGAUUUACUAUUUGAAAAUGCUUUUGACCAAUGGGUAGCAAACACAGCUUCAGAAAAAUGCACAUUCUUUCAGAUUCUUCAUCACACAUGUCAGCGAUAUCUUACAGACAAGAAACCAGAAUUUAUCAACUGCCAAUCUAAAAUUAUGGGAGGAAACAGCAUACUCCAUUCAGCUGCAGACAGCGUGACAAGUGCAGUACAGAAGGCAAGUCAGGCUUUGAAUGAGCGUGGUGAGAGACUAGGUCGAACAGAAGAAAAGACAGAGGAACUGAAAAAUAGUGCUCAGCAGUUUGCAGAAACUGCGCACAAGCUUGCAAUGAAGCACAAGUGCUGAGAUACUGCCCAAAGUUGAAAUAUUCUCGAAAGAAACUGAAAAAAGCCUAGAUUCAGCAGUUUUGAUGGGAGAUGAAGAUUUGUGUGACUUUUUCCUUCCAGUUCAGUGGAGAUGCAUUCUUUCAGUUUCUGUGCAUGAAAAGAUGUUCCUUUUCUACCUUUUUUUACUUACAUUUUGUUCCUCUUUUGUAAUAUUGCGACAAAAUCUUGCAGUACUUUGUACCUGUAUUUCCAUUUAUUACAGGAGCUAAAGCAAACAGGGGAGCUGGACCAAAUGACAAAGUUGAUCCACAUUAAAAUAGUAAUAUUCUUCCACAGUACUCCUUCCUGGCAUUGUAUAGAAGAGUAUUUAACUAAGUGCAGACGUGCAUGAAGAAAUAAAAUACAAAGAAGGGGUAUACGUUUCUUGAUUUUAUGUAGCAUCAGCAGAAUAUGAAUGUUGGAAUUAAAUGCACGAGGAUUUAACCAUGGUGGAGAAUACUGUCUUGGGAAACAGAAAAUUUGUUUAGCCUACCCAAAGUAGAAAGUUUUGCAUGCGCCAUCACCAGCAUUUGGAAGGGCAUAUCUGAAUUUCAUAGAGGAAUCUGUUUCCAGUGCUGCAUUUUGAAUAUUUCAAUUUAAACUCAAGAUGGAUUUUUUUUGAAGAGAAAAAUGAAAGAAACAUACAGUGAAUCUAUGUACGGGGUUUCAAAAUUGCGGAAAAAAAAGAAAAUGAUUAAUCUAUACAUAUAGCUGUGCCUCUAGCAAUGUGGUGUAAAAUAACAUCUUUUUUUUUUUUUUUUUUUUUUUGUGGUGGUGUUUUUUUUAACCUGUUCUUCUCUAGCUAAAGACAGAUAUAAAGGAGAACACACCAUUUUCCAUUUUCCAUGUCACUGGUCAUUCAUAAAUAUUACAGUAAAAAAUUUAGGGAAUAGUCUUCAUUGAUGAGAACUACAUUUGUCUUAGUUCAUCAUCUGAUUUUCAGAUUAGAGGCUUUUAAAAAAUUUGUUGGUAUAAUAAAAUCGUACCUUUAGUUUGAGUAUUGGUUUUCAGUUUACAUUAUCACUGGAAGUGUAACAUCCUGCUUCAUUUUGUAUUCACUGUAUUCAAUCUGUGCAUUAUUUUAUUUUACAAAGACAAAUAGGUUACUCUUUUUUUUUUUUUCUUCAAAGCUGUUUUCUUAAUAUUUUCAUAGCAUUCAAACAUGCUUCUGAAAUUAAAUAAGAAAUCUUAGCAGAAGUUUUGGACUUCAUCUUCUAGAGAUGCUUGCACUUUAAAAGCAAUGCACUUCAGAAACUUUUGUCCUCAUUUUACUGGAGAAUCAGAGAGCUGCCAUUAUAUGAAUGCACUUUGGCUUCCAUUUUCAAUGUAGAAUAAGAUAUUUCCAUUGUUUAUGACACUUUAAACAAUCUUAAGUCCUCCAAGCAGUGCUCGAAUAAAGAUAAAAUUUUCUGUGGGAAUUAAGAAUACUUUGCUUACCACAAGCUGAUGUGACUGAAGUUCUGGCUUGAAAAUAUUCCUGUUGUAAAAAGAUGUUCGUCUUUAGGAAAACUUAAAGACAUGACAUUCUUAAAGCUGCAUUCAAAAUGUACAUCUAUUUUUUAAUAAUUUAAGAGGUUUUGUAUGACGCUCAUUAUUUAACUGCACACAGGGACCUGACAGUGCAUAUAUUUGUCAUCCAUGUAGUAACAUACAAUCCUUUAGACAGAUUUAGCAUCAGAUGUAGCAGUUACCUCAUCAUGCAUGGUUAAAUGUAAGGGAAUUUGGCCAGCUCUAUGUUACAAGUUUGAACAGGCUCAUUAGCAGCAUGAGCUCUGCAAACUCAGCCAAGCCACUUACAAUUAAUACUUACCCUAGGAAUGUAGUAGCACUCCGAAUGCUAAUGUAGUGAGUAUGAUUAUUUCAUUCAGUUAGUCAGGCAGACAGUCUCUGAGUAGAAAUUAAAUUUUUGGUAAAGGCAAAAUGUUAGGCUGUUCUUUAAAAGAUAAAUUCAGUCUAGGAGUGCAUAUUUGACCACUUAUCUUCUGUCAUCCUCUUUUCUAUUUUUCUUUCUUUUUUUUCUUUUUUUUUUUUAAUAUUAUUUUUAUGGUAACUUGGGACUCUUCUUGAUAGAAAGAUGGAAUAGAUUUUGAACUGCUACCAUUUAUGAGUUUGUCAGAAACUCAGAAAAAAAAUGUCAAAAUCCUAUUAAAUUGAUAAGAAUUAAUUGUCUAAAUUCAGAUAAAAAUGUGAUAGAUUUUCAGACUUUUACAUUAAUUUCUGCUGAAAAGGGUCACAGUUGCACUGCUAAGUUCCAGCUCUUUUGUGAGUUCAACUGCUCUAAAACAUUGCUUUAAUCCCAAUGACAGUUCUUCAGGUUUUUUUGUUUUUGUUUUUUUGUUUUUGUUUUUUUGUAAAUCCUCCAGUUAGUAGUAUUGUGUUAUGUAUCAUAACUCAGGGCUUUUAUCCAGCCAUAAAAAGCCAUUUACUAUCAAAAUUCUGAUUAACUUAAUAUUACCAAAUGAAGGAAAAGGGGGUUAUUUAUGUAUUCACUUUCUUCUUGCUGUUCAUUUAACAACAAGACUUGGUAGUUUCUAGAAAAAAAGAAAAAGAAAAAAAAAAGAAAAGAAAAUGAAAAAAAGAAGAGAGAAAGAGAUGUAUAAAUGUCCAUGCAAAGAUAAAUCUUAUAGCACUGUAAUUUCCUCUUGGAAAUUAGUUUGCAGUGUAUACAACAUAGUGUUAUUAGAUAGUGAUGUACAUAACAUAUACUGUAAUUCAGGUUAAUGUUUCAAAUGAAAGAAUGUAUUUGUAAAUUGUAACAACAUCAAUAGUUUAUCUUUUUAAAGUUCUGCAAAGAAAAAAAUGCACUGCUAGACUUGAAACUACUGUGCUGCAAAUUCUGUCUUAAUAGUUUAUCUUUGAGUCUAGAAAAAAGUUGUGCGUUAUGUGAAAUAUUAACAAUAAUGUGCUCUUUUAAAAAGUGUUCUUAAAGGUUGGUAGGUUUUGCUAUAAUUUGCCAAAACUGUAAUAGUUGCUGGUAUCUAUGUAACCCAUUCUUCAAGAGUUCUCAGAGAUGUAGAAACUUUGUGCCAUUCUGGGGAAACAAAAAGUGGGACCUGCUCUCUUGAGUAACUACUGGAAAUCCUACAUUUUUUGCUGUUGCUGUUUUUUUGUUUUUUGUUUUUUUGUUUUUGUCAUUAAAUACUUCAAGUGUGGUCAAAACA